GCCCGGCCGCCGCUCGCUCGCUCGCUCACCAUGACCGAGUUCGAAUCGACCUUCUUGAUGGCCAACGGCGUGGCCGACGGCGGAGAAGAGGAUCCGGCCGCCGCGUUCCUGGCCCAGCAGGAGAGUGAGAUCGCGGGCAUCGAGAAUGACGAGGGCUUCGGCAUCCUGGAGAGCGGCGAGAUGCCCACCUCCAUGAAGGGAGAGCCGCCCGGGGGCCCCGAUACUAAUGAAGAAGUGAUGAACGGAGAAUACUAUCAGGAAAGUAUGGAACCAUCUGCUCUUUCACAACUACGUCGAGUGAGAUCAGAACCAGAGAGCAUCCGUAAAUGGAGAGAACAACAAAUGACACGCCUGGAGAUCCUUGAUGCCAAUUCCCGGAAGCAGGAAAUGGAAUGGAAAGAUAAAGCAGUAAAGGAACUAAAUGAAUGGUAUGCAAGACAGAAUGAACAGCUGCGAAAAACAAAAGCGAACAACAGGGUGGCAGAUGAAGCUUUCUACAAGCAACCCUUCGCUGACGUGAUUGGUUAUAUCACAAACAUAAAUCAUCCUUGCUACAGCCUAGAACAGGCAGCUGAAGAGGCCUUUGUAAACGAUAUGGAAGAAACUUCUCCGGGCACGGAGUGGGAACGUCUCGCUCGGCUGUGUGACUUUAACCCGAAGUCUAGCAAGCAGGCGAAAGAUGUUUCUCGUAUGCGCUCCGUUCUGAUCUCCCUCAAGCAGGCCCCACUGUCUCGCUAAAGUAGAGUGGAAACACAACUGGCAUUCUCUUCAUUUUCUCCAAAAGUUGGUCAGUAAAUUGGUUCUGUUGCUGGGUUUUGUUUUCUUGGCCCAACCUUCAUGUCUUUUAAAGUUGAUUGUUGUGAGUGCAUGUUUUCCUCUUCCACUUUCUCCAAGGCAGAUGAGCGGCAGGAGAGCAAGAGCCUCAAACUGGGCCCUCACUUGUGCUUUAAAUUUCAUUUCACUGAACUGUGAUUAAAAUUCUGUUGAACAAAA